ACUAGUCACAUGUUUUCCACGUGUUAAAGAUCGUCCAGCCAACAUUAUCUAAGUGAUUUAAUCUGUUCUCUUUGAAAAUGAGUGAAAUCGUUUGUGAUAGACCAAUUGGUUCAACAUCGCCACCUCCAAAUUUAGUGAAAUACCGGAAAAGACGGAUCGUGGAUAAAUUGGAUUACGCAGAAUCAUCGGCUUCUUCACCGCAAAAAAAAACCGUUGGAAAAAGUAGAGCAACCAGCAAAGUUUUGAAGCCAGAUUUAUCAACGGAUCAGCAGCAUCAUAUUGCAGCAGAAAGUGAAGAGGAAGAAGGAUAUAGCGAAGAUGAAAGUGAAGAUGAAAGUGAAGAAGAAGUGCCAUUUCAUGAAACCACAAGAGGAGGAGCUCAAGAGGAAGAUAGUGGAGACGCCGAUGGAAGAAGACCACCAGAAGAUGGUGAAGGAGAUAGUGGUAAUGAUGAGAAUGGGGAACUAUUAACAGAAAUGCUUAAUGAAACUGUUUUAGAUCUGGCCAGACCAACAUUGUCAGAAAUUACUACUGUGGAAAUACCGCUCAAUUCAGCUGAGGAAACAUUAGUGUUUCAUAUUACGGAAGAGGAACUUACAGACUUAGGAAUCUCCUUGUAUAUCAUUUUAGCAGCAGUGGAGAGUCAGGAGCAAAUGUCAGCCCAAGUUUCAGUUGCCCGAGUUUUGUUGCAACAGAAACAAGAAAUUCGGGAACUGAAACUGAUGAUGACAAGCUUGUUAGAAAAAAUGGACCAUUUGCUAAUUUCCCAAAAUCCUAACCACAAUGGCCGUUCCCGCAUGACCAGCCCCGGUUUAAAAUUACCAAUGGAAACCAAAGAGGACCUAAUCAAAUUGGACAUGGAGCUCGGCGAGAAUGAGGAAUUGAAAUCUGCUAUUGGGAUUGCCCUUUCCCUCCUCGGAGGUAAAAAUGUAAAAGACAUCAUUAGGACCAUCCUAAGGGGACUGAUGUCAAGGCAAUUGCGGAUGCAAUAUGUUGCCGCUAAGCCGACUAGAGAGAAAACAGUGUUUAAACAGCACAACACUCUUUACCGGUUCAUCAUUGAAUUGGUGAGAAGCUGCUGCACACGGGAACAAUUGCCCGUGCCCACCGAAAAAGACAUCCUUAAGUUCGCGAGCCUUGUAUUCACGAAUUCUGCUGACGAAGAUGGCGGCGUAGUAGAGCGCAAAAAGAAAACUGCACUGAAACGAGCUGCAGUUGCGAAGUACCUAAAAAAAGUCGAGGAUGGUACCCUUGAUAACGAGUCUGACAGUGGCGAAAAUUGAUUUGUUUAUGUCUAAUGAAUUGUGUACUGUGUUCUGUGUACAA